GGAUUGGCUCCAGGAGGAGGAGGAGGAGGAGGAGGGAAGGCUCUUCCCACGGGCCCAGCCUCCUCGAAGCCGCGAUGGAGAGCCUGGAGGCGCCAUCCGCAGCGCCAGGCAAGAUAAACAGCUCUCUGGGAUCAGAAGAGAGAAGUCUUUCAAAUACUUUACGUAUCAGCAGAGGAUGAAGAGACACCACUGAAGAGGCCAGUUGCCCAUUCAGAGGAGAGAAGCAGGAAUUUCUAUGGCGGAAGACUCCUGAAAUUCUUUGAAAUCUUUCUAAACUUGUCCAGGACCUGAGACUGUGCUGUUCAGUUACCCUGCAAAGAUGUCUCUGCCAAAUCUCACCCAGCCUAAAUAUGAACCGCAACUCAGCAAUUCAAGUGGCGGCCUUGAGGGCUUGUUCAGUAUGGUGCACUCUUUCCUGGGGUUGGUGCAACCCAAUACGUUCCCACAAGGUCUCCUGACUCGUCUGAUCAAACCACCGCAUGAGUUCAGUCCAGAACUUCAAAAAGAGUUGCUUCAGUAUGAGACUGGCUUCCUGGUUUGUGCUGCUAUUGGGAUUCUGUUCAUCAUCCUUGUUCCCCUAGUGGGACUCUUCUUCUGCUGCUGCCGCUGCUGUGGACGUUGUGGGGGGUACAUGUACCAGAAGCAAACCAAACAUAUUGACUGCAGGAGGCGGUCAUUAUUUGUGUCUGUGCUGGCUGUCACAAUAAUUAUUCUGGCUGGAGACAUCUGUGCAUACAUCACCAACCAGCGUAUAUCCCAGACUGUAGGCAAAGGCGUGGACAAUUUGAACAGUACGGUGGACAACCUGCAUCUCUACCUGAAUUCUAUUCCUCAGGAGGUUGAUGAAAUUAUCGAUAUUAGCUCAGUGCCAUUGAAUGAAGCAAAUGACAGCUUGCUAAACAUUGGGACCACUCUUGGGAAGAGGAUUCAGACUCAGCUUGGAGGACAAGCAAAUAAAACACUGGAUAAAGCUGACAGUCUUCUCAAAGCGAUUGCCAAUGUGGAACAGGAACUCGAGAAGGUCAACUACACAAGCAGUCGCUUGCAGAUACUGCAGAAAGAACUGGACCAGAACCUGACCAUUUUGAGGGAUGAUAUCAACAGAACUUUGGACAGUUGUGGCAAUCCUUGCCAGAAUGUCUCUGUGAAAGACCUGAAGCCUGGGGCAAAUCUGACCGGGUCCCUUGAUGUUAGCGUCCCACUGGAACUGAUAGCCAAUCUGACACGCUCAGAUCCUGGUGCCACGCUUAAGGAGGCACGAAAAACCCUUGAGAAUAUUCCAGAAAAAGUCUCUAACGAUACAAAACCAGUAGUGUCUGAUGCACAGAAGACGUUACGUCACGUUAAAGAUCAGAUUCAUCAUAUGCGUGGUAACUUCUCCAUUUUGAACUUUGUGAAGAAUAUUUCUGGCAAGAUAAAUGAGUUCCUUCAGGAGGCAAGAACCUAUGAGCCUGAGGUUACCAAGUACGAUUACUACAGGUGGAUUGUUGGUGUUAUCCUCUGUUGCUUGGUGCUUCUGAUAAUUGUACUCAAUGUCUUGGGUUUAUUGUUUGGGGCUCUUGGACUCGACCCACGGGAGAUGCCUAUUCAACGGAGCUGCCCCUCCAACUCUGGCGGACUUUUUCUUAUGGCGAGUGCUGGGUUCAGCUUCAUAUUUGCAUGGUUGCUGAUGCUGCUAGUUCUGCUGACAUUUUUAAUAGGAGGAAAUACAUAUGAAUUUGUGUGCCGGCCCUGGGCCAGUGGUCGUCUGCUUGAGUUCCUUGAAACACCAGGCUUGUUCCCUGACUUCAAUGUGUCAAAUCUCAUGGACAAUUCGGAUGUGACCCUCUCCAGCCUAUACAAGAGCUGCCAAAACAAUGACCCUUUGUGGAGCACUCUUCACCUGAAUAAAACAAUAUCUCUGGAUGAGAUGUUCAACAUUAGCAAGUACACAGAUGAAAUUGAUUCUACUUUGAACAAAAUAAAUGUCAGUGUGGACUCUACUAACUUCUUGAAUGAUGAGCAGAAGCGUCUCAUGCAGGAUUUGAGCAAAAAGGAUGGGCCACUGAAGAUGAACUUUUCCGAUGCUUUGGAACAACUCAACCAAAGCAUGAUAAGUCAAGACCUGUCUGCAUUGGCUACUAAAUUAGACAAUCUGGCCACGCAGUUGGGAAGUAGACGUCCAAACAUCAGUACACAGCUGCAAAAUCAUGCUGCUGAGGUGAGAAAGAUCCAGACUUCAGUGAAUGACAAUUUUAUUCCUGAGAUCAAAAUCUUGAAUAGCAGUAUCCGCAGCUUGGAGAAGUCUGUGUCUCAGAUUCCGGGCUUGGUGAAUUCUACAUUGUCAGAAGUAGAAGCAGCUCAAGAAUUUAUGAAGCAGAAGACAGGAAAAAUCAUCAAGAAUGCAACCUUGAAUUUUGUGAAUUCUGUACUGGGUUUCUUUCAGUCAUACAUGGACUGGGCCAAGAGCAAUAUAGAAGAUGAAGUAGGUCGCUGUGGCCCCGCAGCCUGGGCAAUCAAUAGUAUAGAUACUAUUUUCUGUGGCUACAUUGUUGAUUCGUUGAAUGCCUUCUGGUUCAGUCUUGGUUGGUGCACUGUAUUUCUCCUGCCAAGCAUCAUCUUGGCUGUGAAGCUUGCCAAGUUUUACCGCAGGAUGAGCAUGGAUGACAUCUAUGUGGAUGAAGCUAUGGAACUAUCAAGGCAAAGGAUGUUCAAAAUGCCUCGGGCAGAACUAAAGAAGUAGCACCUCCUUUUCUACUUAUCCAUGCCGAAAAGCACUGAGUAUGACUGUACGAAUGUCUACAGGAUCCCCAGACUUCCCUCGCAUUUAUCUCCCAAGAGCAGCAAAUUCUCCCUGGCUCAGAUUGAAAUGGUGGCAGGAGCCUCCUUUCUUUCCAAGAGACAGACAGGGAGAACUGCAUUGACUUUCAAGUCCUGUCACAGAAAGGUGUGGACUUAUUUCCAGUUGUACUAAAACAUGCCUCUUGUCUUAAUGUAGAGACAAACUUUGCAGUCUCUGCAUUAUGUCCUUUCUGAGAAACCAUAAUCUUUUGUGACUGUGGCUUGUUGUGGGGUUCCUUUGCACACUGUAGCCUUUACCUGUUCCUAGACUCAGGAUAAUUAUGUACUUCUACAGUCCCAGGUUGGCUGGCUGAUUCUGGUUGCAUACUGACCAUGAGUGUUGGUUACAGCACGUUUUGGUACAAUCACUGUAUUGAGGAGAAUUUAUAUUAUUUUCUUUCUUUUUCCCUUUUACACAUAAAGGAGUGUUGGGUUGAGAAGUGCCUAAGGAAUCAUAAUGAAUAUAGGAUUUAAUUCAGUAGUGUCAGACAGAAUGACACUGUCAGUUAUGGGCAUUACAGGAUUUGUCAUACCAGGCAACCUAUCAGUUGUCCCUCAAAAGCAGGAAAUACAUACUUCAGUCUUAAGUGGCCUUAGACUCUAGUGGUCCAUCACUAGGCCAAGUAGCAAGAAUACACACUCUUCAUGCCUUACAAGAUGCAAUUAGUUUGUUACAUGAAAUUGUUCAAAAAUAUACAUAGUGCCUUACAAGAUUCGAUCACGGUUUUGCAAGAAUUCCAGAAGACAGCAUAUGUUAGGCUGCCAGUCUUCUAUCUGUUUCUGUUACAGAAAUAACUGGAAAGAGAAGCGUGUAUGAGCCAGAGCUUAAAACUACUGUCCAGUUCUACUAGUCUGUGCCCAGAAAGCAUAUGUUGCCUUAAGCUAUUUCUCAUUUUGUGCCUCUUCUCACCCAGUAUUCCAGAGCCAUGUGCGCUUCUCUGUCCUAACUCUUUAUUUUCAGAGUUUGGCUUUGUUUUGUUUUUUUCUAAAUAAUAAAAACAAUAAUGUUGAAUUUCUGUAAAUGUUUUGUGCCAAAAAUGUACUCCUCUUCAUGGAUGUCAGUGAAAACGAAUGGAAAUUUAAAAGAAAUUAGUAAUGGAAAUCAAGAGGGUACGUCGUUUAAUAAUGCAAAACAGAAGAGGCUCCAAUGAGAUGGGCAUGACAGUAGCCCAGAAAAGGGCCAGCAUGAGAUUUCCAUUAGUUCUAGAUGAAUAGUAGAAAAGAUUACAUCUCUAACGAGUUACAAGCUUUCGGUAAAAGCUGGAAAGAAUCAGAAAGAAUAAGUGCCAAGUUCUGAAGUGUUUACAUCUCCCCUCUGUGUUGCAGCGCCUUUUGUAAUAACUAAUAAAUGGAACACCAUCAUAAGAAAUGAUGAUAUAAGCAUAGUUUCAGAAUUAUUUUUAUAUAAAAUGGAGAUUAGGAGAUAAUAUGAUUUUUUAAAUUGACUUUGCUAUUACAGUGAUGUAGUGUAUUUUCAUGGGUGACAAGAAUGCUCUUAUAUGUCCUUUUCUUAUUUCUAAUAAAUUUCAAAUCCGAUUUCUAA